AUGGCAUUCCAAGCAGGUUCUAGAGGUGGCAGAGGCGGUUCCCGUGGUGGAUUCGGCGGUGGUUCCAGAGGUGGUUCCAGAGGUGGAUUUGGCGGUGGCCGUGGUGGAUUCGGUGGUUCCCGUGGUGGUUCCAGAGGUGGAUUCGGUGGUGGUCGUGGUGGUCCUCGUGGUGGCGCUCGCGGUGGUUCCAGAGGUGGAUUUGGUGGUGCCCGUGGUGGUUCCAGAGGUGGUCCUCGUGGUGGUGCUCGUGGUGGUGCUCGUGGUGGUGCCCGUGGUGGUGCUAAGGUUGUUAUCGAACCUCAUAAGCAUGCUGGUGUUUUUAUUGCCAGAGGUAAAGAAGAUCUUUUGGUCACAAAGAACAUCGCUCCAGGUGAAUCUGUGUACGGUGAAAAGAGAGUUUCAGUUGAAGAACCUUCCACUGAAGAAGGUGUCCCACCAACUAAGGUGGAAUACCGUGUUUGGAAUCCUUUCAGAUCCAAAUUGGCUGCCGGUAUCAUGGGUGGUUUGGAUGAACUAUUCAUUGCUCCAGGUAAGAAGGUUCUAUAUCUAGGUGCUGCUUCCGGUACAUCUGUGUCCCACGUUUCCGAUGUCGUUGGUCCAGAAGGGUUGGUUUACGCUGUUGAGUUCUCUCACAGACCAGGUAGAGAAUUGAUCUCUAUGGCUAAGAAGAGACCAAAUGUUAUCCCAAUUAUUGAAGAUGCUAGACAUCCACAAAAAUACAGAAUGCUUAUCGGUAUGGUUGACGCCGUCUUCGCAGAUGUUGCUCAACCUGAUCAAGCCCGUAUUAUUGCUUUGAACUCUCAUAUGUUCUUGAAGGAUCAAGGUGGUGUCGUUAUCUCUAUCAAGGCUAACUGUAUCGAUUCUACUGUUGAUGCUGAAACUGUGUUCGCUAGAGAAGUUCAAAAAUUGAGAGAAGAAAAGAUUAAGCCUUUGGAACAAUUGACUUUGGAACCUUAUGAAAGAGACCAUUGUAUCGUUAUCGGUAAAUACAUGAGAAGUGGAUUAUAA